AUGAAAAAGAACGGAAAAGUAGAGAAACAUAUACAGAAAAGGAUAAGGAAAGCAGUGGUGGCGAUGAAAAGAACGUGGCACAUUGGAGAAAGAUUAUUUAAGGAAGAUUUCGAAAGAAGAAUAAAGAUGUUCGUGGUACGAGUGGAGAGUGUGGCGUUGUACGGGGUAGAAAUCUGGGGAUGGAAUGAUGAAGGAAGGUUGGACACUAUCAAGAGGAGAUAUAUGGAGUGGAUCUUAGCGUUGAACAAGGUUACAUCAAACUAUAUUUUGAGAGAGGAGAUACAACAGGAGGAACGAACGAAAGUAGUGAGGAGAGUGUUCAAGUAUGAAGAAGGAGCAAAAAAUUCAGACAAGAACUUAGUGAGAGACUGUAUAAGGGAGAUGGAAAGGCAAAGGGGGAAGAAAAAUCUAAGUGUGGAAAGAAAGAAGAAGAGAAUUGAGGAGGAGACUGGGAAUCAGUGAGGAUUGGAUGGGAAGAGUUAGAGAGGAAGAGGAAGGGAAAACAGAGGGAGUUGCAAAGAGAGUAAGGAAAAGGAUAGAGGUGGAAGUGGAAAGCAGAAGA